AUGGGUAGUAGUUCUGGCAAAGUGUUACCCGAGUCCUCUGCUAAAAGUGGGUAUUUCUGCACAAUCAAAUCCGUUGUGGAGUUAAGGAAAGUCAAGAAGUUGGAUGGGGAAAGAUGUAAACCGAAUCCACACGCUUGCCUUUGGAGGUGGAGAAGUGACAACAGAGCAUCUAAAGAAGGCAAUUCCAAAGAAGUAACAGAACCAGUUCCUUUGGAGGAGAGGUUGAGGAAUCCUAAUGCAAAGUUUCGUGCAAAGUUUGAUCCACGCAUCACAGCAAGGUAUGACAUCAAGGCUCUGAUUGGCCGCGGCAGCUUCAGCCGUGUGGUUCGUGCCGAGCACAGACGCACACGCAAACCCUUUGCCAUCAAGCUUCUCGAGGUCAGAGGUCGUGAAGGUCACGAGGCUUGUCAGGCAGAGCUCGGAAUCCUGCGAAGGGUCAACCACGCCAACAUCAUACGCUUGGCAGAGGUGUUCGAAACACCGCAUCGCGUCUAUCUGGUUCUCGAGCUGGCCACAGGAGGAGAGCUCUUGGAGCGUGUGGUCGCUCGAGGAACCUUCAGAGAAUGUGACGCCACCAGGGCGUUGGUGAUGGUGGCCAGUGGGUUGUGUUAUCUCCACACUCUGGGCGUGAUUCACAGGGACCUCAAACCAGAGAACUUGUUGUACUACCACCCAGGUCAGGACUCAAGACUGAUCAUAACCGACUUUGGGCUUGCUUGCUGGGACAACAAGAGCUCAGAUCGCAAGGAAUGUAAAACUAGUGAGACUAAAGAUUGGGCUCUUAGGACCCUCUGUGGAACACCAGAGUAUCUGGCCCCUGAGAUGUUGGCGCGGAGACCCAUUAGCAGUGCUGUGGAUAUGUGGGCGCUGGGAGUCAUAACUUAUAUCCUGCUAAGCGGAUCUCUGCCCUUCGACCACAACAGUCGGCCACGCCUCUUCAGGGCUAUUCUAAGGGGCAACUACAGUUUCCAUGGCAAUCCAUGGAAUUCAGUAUCUACAUUGGCGAAAAGCUUCAUUGAGCGCCUGCUGACCCUUGACCCUAAUGACCGAAUGACUGCUGAGGAUGCUCUUAAACAUCCUUGGCUGGUCAGCAUGGCAGCCAGUUCCUCCAAUAAAAACCUGCACCGCUCCAUAUCCAGAAACCUUCAGCAGCGGGCAUCACAGGCUUCCUCACGAUGCCCCAGCUCGAGCUCUGCUCCUGGGUCAAAGAUAGCGAUGAGGUCGGGGUCACGGCCGGGCUCCGGGCCAAGGUUAGGAGUCGGCGACAGAUCACAGUGCAGCCUGAAGAUUGCUACUUAG